UGAACGCGGGCGGGGGGAGGAGGCUUCUUCCGGCCGGCGGCGGGGUAGCUGCGUAGGCUGAAGGACACAAGCAGCGGAAUUGGUGUCUUUUGCAAGCAGUUUGCUUCCACCGUGCGGUGCUUAGGGAGCUGACCAGCAAGGCCUUUAGCUGCGCUGCAGCUUUUGUCAAAGCGAGAGUGAGUGUGGCCCGGCCCCUGCAGUUCGCCAAGCCCGCGGUAAGCGGGUUAGAUUUCAGUUUGUGUCCGAUCAGUCGGAAAGGCUUCCUAGGAGAUAGCCAGAACAGAGAGCUGUAAAUUCCUUGAAGUGCAAGAGGCUGCUUCUGGUCCCCGAGUGGCUCUCGACUUUGCCACCUUUUACCUCGUGAUCUCACCAUUACAGAUUGAAGUCAUGGCAGGUCCAGAAAUUGAUGCCCAAUUCCAAUUCACUGGUAUCAAAAAAUAUUUCAACUCUUACACCCUCACAGGUAGAAUGAAUUGUGUACUGGCCACAUACGGAAGCAUCGCUUUGAUGGUCUUAUACUUCAAGUUAAGGUCUAAAAAGACACCAGCUGUUAAAGCAACAUAAACAGAUUUUAAAGUGUACCUCAUCUGCUAAGUUCCCAUGCCUGGAGAAGCUAAUGUCAGCUCAUCAUGUGAUACUCAAUUUGUACAAUAAAUUAUGAACCUGGAAAA